UCUAUCUCGUGUGUUUGCUCUGCUGCACUAUUUGCGCAUCGCUGCUGAGGGAACGGAGUUAGUAGCACUCAAACAAAUCAGCUAUGCAGAACGGCGACACGCUGGUGCGGAUUCCUGCGACCGCCUGGGAACAGUUGCGUGAUCUCUACCGGCAGGAUUGGCCACGCCAUGAGAUAGCGUUUAACAAUGUGCAGAACUACAUACGCUGGAUAGAGCGAGAUCCGCAGAUUAGUGCAACCUUAAUUGUUUACAGCCUAAAUGGAACCUGGCGGCAGAAUGGAACCUACGUAAUAAUAGAUCAUACGGAGAUGUUCAUGUACACGCUGGACAGUACCGGGGAAACGUUAAAGCGGAUGCUCCUGCUGCUGGACUGGCACCAUAGCUAUCUGAUGAACAUGUGUCUGUACCGUGCUAUCGUGCUAGAGGUGUACCAGCUGCAUCGGCUCGAGGUUGCGUUUGACAGUGCCGAUGUCAUCUAUCAUCUUCCCCAGCAAGUUGCGUGCCACUUUCGAUACGAUCUUCCGGUCGGCCUUACGCUCAAACGCAUCCCGCCGCACUACGCCUCGUUCAUCUACAAUCAGUGGCUCAAUAAAUCCGUUGGCACCGAAUACUUUAUCGAGCGACUGCUCCGAUGGAACGUUUCUAUGGGUCUGUUCUGUGAAGGGGUCCGCGAACCGUUGGCCUGGUGCAUCCGCACGCAGAACGGUGCGCUAGGAUUGCUGGGUGUGGUCGCACAACGGAAGGGCUAUGGUUCGUUGGUAAUCAAAGCGAUCGCCAGACGAUUGGCAGAGCAAGGCUUCAGUACGUAUGCGAGUGUGCGCCGUACGAACGUGGCUUCUCGCAAGCUGUUCGAAAAGCUUGGCUUCCGUAUUGCCGGCGAGGCAAGCUGGCUGAAGAACAUGAAGAGCACGUUCGAAGGUUCCGAGCUUCGAAAGGUAAUAAAAGCAUGAGUGUUGAUUAAGUUUUUUUUUUGCAAAACAAA